UCAAUCUACACUUCUUAUUUCUCACGGACACUUUGGGUUUUUUUUGGGAAAGGGGUAGAGGAGGGUAACUUGGCAGAAAGACCGGCGGGGGGUUGGAUUAGUGCGCCAGAUUACAGGAAAACGUGUCCUAUUUCGUGUCAGUAGUUGAAACCAGCAGCCUCUCUCUCUCCCCCCACUACUCCCCCCUCCCUCUUUACGCACGCCGUACUCCAGUGAAGGAAACGGCAGUUCAGAUCACAUUUCACAUUCAGCUCCGACCAGCUGAGAGAGAGACAGCCAGAGAGCAGAGGAGGAGUCGAGUCUCCGCUUUCCUCUCUGCUACCUUCGCCAGAGGAAGAAAAUAAUAAGCAUUUAUUUAAAAAAAAAAAAAAAGACGCUCCGGCGGAGGAACGAGCGGGCGCGCGCCGCGAUAAUUUAAACACCACCGGGAUUUCUUUUUUCUUCUUCUUUCUCAUAUGUAUUUUUGCAGGGGUUUUUUUUAGGAGCGAGAGCGCCACAUAUAAAUAGAUAGACAAGAAGCAGAGGAAGAAGAAGAAGAAGAACAGGAGGAAGAAGAAGAGAUGGACGAGCAGACGAGGUUGAUGCACUCUCACUCGGGGGUAGGCAUGGCGGGGCACCCCGGCCUGCCGCCGCAUAUGCAGGAGGGCACCGGAGGACCGGACGGCGACGGGAGGAAACAGGACAUUGGAGACAUUUUACAGCAAAUCAUGACCAUCACGGAUCAGAGUCUGGACGAAGCUCAGGCCAGGAAACACGCUCUCAACUGUCACAGAAUGAAGCCAGCCCUUUUCAAUGUGUUGUGUGAAAUCAAAGAAAAAACAGUGCUGAGUAUCCGCGGCGCCCAGGAGGAGGAGCCCCCGGAUCCCCAGCUCAUGCGCCUGGACAACAUGCUGCUGGCAGAGGGCGUGUCCGGUCCGGAGAAAGGCGGCGGCUCGGCGGCAGCCGCAGCCGCAGCGGCCGCAGCGGGAGGGGUGGGGGCGGACAACUCCACGGAGCACUCCGACUACAGGGCGAAACUGACCCAGAUCAGACAGAUCUACCACACGGAGCUGGAGAAGUACGAGCAGGCGUGUAACGAGUUCACCACCCACGUGAUGAACCUGUUGCGGGAGCAGUCGCGCACGCGGCCGAUUUCGCCCAAGGAGAUCGAGCGCAUGGUGAACAUCAUCCACCGCAAGUUCAGCUCCAUCCAGAUGCAGCUCAAGCAGAGCACCUGCGAGGCCGUCAUGAUCCUACGCUCCCGCUUCCUCGAUGCCAGACGGAAAAGACGAAACUUCAACAAGCAGGCAACAGAGAUCCUGAACGAGUAUUUCUACUCUCACCUCAGUAACCCGUACCCAAGCGAGGAGGCGAAAGAGGAGCUGGCAAAGAAGUGCGCCAUCACAGUUGCCCAGGUUUCCAACUGGUUUGGGAAUAAAAGAAUCAGAUACAAGAAAAACAUUGGUAAGUUCCAAGAAGAAGCCAACAUGUACGCUGCGAGAACUGCCGUGAAUGCGGCUAAUGCAUCCUCACAUGGAAGCCAAGCAAAUUCACCCUCAACUCCAAACUCUGCAGGUUCUGGCGGCUCUUUUAACAUGUCAAACUCCGGGGACUUGUUCAUGAGCGUGCAGUCUCUCAAUGGGGACUCGUACCAGGGGGCUCAGGUGGGAGCCAACGUGCAGUCACAGGUGGAUACCCUUCGCCAUGUUAUCAGUCAGACAGGCGGAUACAGUGAAGCACUCACAGCCAACCAGAUGUACAGUCCGCAGGGCAUCAAUGCAAACGGGGGCUGGCAGGAUGCGCCGACCCCCUCGUCGGUGACUUCACCCACAGAAGGACCCGGAAGCGUUCACUCCGACACCUCCAACUGAUCCUCCACUCCUCACUCCUCCUGCUUCUCAGCUUCCUCCAUCACGGCAGCCCCCCCCACAUCUCCCAAAACUUAAGAUCAAUCCCCAUCAGGACUGGACGUGGCGCCCUGUAUGUAGUCACGCGGUGGGACACAGCCGGGGUCCGGGAUGACAUUUAAGGACAAAUGUUUCACGUUUCCUAUCCGGACCGCCGCUGCACCGCCAGCAGCCUGUGGAGAGGACUCACAUCCACACUUCACACUUUGUACAGUCCCCCCUCGAUGUCCAUGUUGCCUCUUUGGAUCUCUCUUAUUAUUAUUGUUAUGGUUACUAUUAUUAUGUGUUCACACAGUUAUCAGCGUAACGCCCCACGUCUUGUAGAUUGAAAUGUUUCCACACUACCUCGAUUCGAAAACAACAACAUAGAAAAUAUUUCUGUUUUUUCAUUUUUUUAUAAUUAUUGGAAUCUUUCUGUAACCCCCCCCCCCCCCUCAGAAGACUUCUGUCCUUAGUCACACAUUUCUGUUUGUCUGCCGAGCCAAAGUUCAACCUCAAUAACGUUACAUUUUUAUUCCUUACAUCUUCCACCCCAUAAUUUGUAGUAGUAUUAUUAUUAUUAUAUUAGUUCAGUCAUAUUGGUCAGGUAAUAACUCGAUUUAUAUAGUUUCUACUGUAAAGCAGACAAUGACAUAUAUGGUAUUUUCUAUUUUAUCUCCAGACAUGCAAGAUUUGUGCUCAUCUGCGGUGCAACAAUGCAAAGAAGUCACAAUUCAAGCACUUAACAAAUCGAGCGCGAUUCAUGAGGAUAUUUGACGUUCUAUUGUGAUUGAUGGCUGCAGCCACAAUACAGAUGGAAAACUUGGCCCGAAAAACACUAAAUCGACGGCAUUAGAAGUGACAAUUACGGCACGUCAGCGUGCAUUAAAGCACAAUAACAGCCAGUGAUUGAGCUCAAAGGGGAACAUUUGUAAAUGACACAGACAACAAUGCAGAGUGGCAUAUGGAAGAAAUAGAGUGCACAUACAGCAUGUGGUCAGACGUCAUCAAAGUAGCCAAAUACUGCUGGUAACCAAAUCCAAAAGAAAAAUAAUCACAUUUCAGACUUCAUGGUGCCAUGGUGAUGGAAUUCAUGUGCGAUGAUCUUGAUGGGGCAUUCUAAAUUGUUUUUGCAUUUGCUCAAAUGAAGGGAUUUCAAACAUGAUAAGAAAUGCUCGAGGUAAACCACUGAAAUAUCCUUUUCUGUGUCAAAAUAUCAGGUGCUCAUUUGUUUGGCUCAAAUAAAAGUCCACAUGCAGUCAGUGCUGGACAGAAACUCCAGUUCUUGGAUGACAAAAAGAUAAGAUUGGAUUUUUUGUGUUCAAGAGUCCAUUCACUUUUUUUAAUGCUAAAAACGGCACCAAUCCAAAAUGUGAAAUUACAUUUUUGACAUUUGUUUUAUGUACAGUACAAUGUGGUCGAUCAUGUAUACGAGAUAUCAUUUGCAUACUUUGAUACCAAAAAAGAACAGAAUUUGUAUCCUACAUUUGUUUUAGCUUGAUUAACCUUUUCCUUCUUCCUCUUAUUGUAGGAUUUUAUUAUUAUCCACGCUACUAGCGAGCAUCUCACUACGUCUAGUAUUCUGUUUCCAAAGCCAAAUAAAUGGAAACAAACACCACAAUGGCACACAAAUCCAGCUAAGGUUAGGAUAUAUUUUUAUGUCUCCAUUUUGUUUGUUUAUUUUAAUUUGAUAUAAUGUUGUCUUUGCUACAGGACUGUCUCUUUUUUUAAGCAACCAUAUGUGAAUGAGCCCCAGAAUGCUCUAUAUACAGGAUGUAGAUAUGCACCCCUACUCUUAUUUUUCAUCUUUGGAUUUCGGACUGCAGCCACUUUAACGCAGCCCCGGCGGACUUCCUGUCGCAUUUAAGGCAAAGUCCUCCUUAUUAUUUUGUACCAAGGCCAAAGUCACACAAGCCUGCCUCCAAGAUGGCUGCUGUCCGAAUGAAGGCGACGCGAAAAGCGCUCCCGUGGCGUUGUUUUUUGGUUUAACCGGAGCCUCGUGGGAAACAAAACUCAAUCCCAAUCAAUCGUACCGCCUGAAAGCAGUUUGUCAGUGUGUUUGUAUUUAUUACACAUGUAUGAAAUCCACCACGGCAUGAUCGCACCAAGCAAGACUCACCAGGGUCUUUCCUCCUGGACUCACCCGCUCACAAUAAAAGGGGGAGGGAGGUAGGGGGGGUUGUCUCCUGAAGUCACUCGAGUGGAUCGACAGCAAACAUUGGGUUGUUUUUGCACCCCUCAAAGAAGAAGAAGAAAAGAAGAACUUAAAUCUACUUUUCACGUUGCCUGUCAAAUAUUAUUCAAAGCUUCAUGUAAUGAUGCUUUCUAGUUUUUUGAAUAUAAAAGGAAAAGAAAAAACAAACAAUUUGUAAAACAUGAAAUGUUUUAUUUGUUGCAUGUCCUUUUUGUUCUUCAAUAAAAUAACGUACUGCAGUGUUUUGAAUGUUAACUUCUUUUUUAUGAGGAUUUCAGAGUGAAACCGUGGAGCCUUUUUUCUUGACAGGUUUUGACUUUUAAGAUCUCUGCGUAUGUAAAAAGGGUAUCAAAUGGAAACGUGUUGUCUUUUUAAUUCCAAACCAUUUUUUUCUGUGAGGAGAAAAUAACUUAAAGGCUUUGGUUUUUUUGGCCUCUUAAUUUGUACUGACGAUGCAUAUCCCAAAUAAAUACUUUCUUUUGUUGCAUA